UAAUUUUAAUUUUUUUCCAGUGUUGGACAAAGUACUCAGCUAUAGUACUUGAGUAAGAGUAUUGAUACUUAUGGUUAAAUAUUACGCAACUACAAGUAAAAGUUGCUCACUCAAAAGUUUACUCAAGUUAAAGUACUGAAUAACUUACUUUUGAAAAUACUUGAGUAGUGAAAUUUACACAUAUUUUUAAAAAAAUACUCAAGUAUUCAAAGGUACAAAUUAUAUUUUUAAUAUAUCUACGUUGCUGCAUUGUUUUUGCUGAAACCUCCUGAUGAUGUUGAACCACUCUGCUACAAAAAGUCUGCAAAAAACGUUAGCUAUUUUAUUUAUUUAUUUUUUUAAAUUAAUACAUACUCGUCCCCAUAUAAAACCAGCAGCAGUGAACUACAAAGUUCAGUCAAGAGGAAUGACAACCUUCCUGGAAAUGUUGUGGUGUCGAAAGACCAAAAAACUUUUACAAAAUAAAAGCUGAGUUCUACUUAAUUUCCAUUUAAUUUAGACCAAAAUGUCACUUUUCGUGCCUUUUCAUAUCGAGAAAAUUUGUCAAACUGUUUACAGAGUGAAACACCGUCUGUUGUAUCAACGUUUUAACACGAUUUCAACAAGCUGGUCUAUCACUAUUUAUUCGUUUUAAAAUGAUUUUUAAAAUGCUAAUUUUCCGAAGGCGCGUGAAUGUAACAUGGUCACAGCGUAACACCGAACUAGAAGAGAAAGAGAAAGUGUUCAGAAAAACAAAGUACUCCGAAGAUUGAGCGACUAAAAGAAGUUGGGGGUUUUGCUUCCGGUGGAGGUCAAAGUGUGAAUAUUAAGGUACGUUCAGUGUUACAUUAUAUUCACUGUUCAGAGGAGGUGAAGAGGAAACAAGAGACAGAAAAGAGCAACAAACUGAACAGAACAUCAGAGGAAGCAGGUGCUGAUGAAAACAACAAACUGUUGCCAACUGGAAAUAUGAGUUAUAAUCAUAAUGAAGCAGAAAGAGCUGCAGAAAAUGAACAGAUUGAUGAGGAGGCCAGUCAUUCAACAGAAAACCUUUCUCCACAGGAUCCUGACAGUAAAGUAUUCAGCAAAAUAUCACAAAGUUUACCGAAUCCAGAUGAGUCAAAUAUUGAUGAUAAUCACCAAAGGAGAAAUGAACUGACAGACGAUGCUUCUAAAACACAAACACAAGAACCAGAGGAUGUUGAUGAAACUCAUGUUCAUAAAGAGAGACCAGAGGUAGAUGAAGGUGGAGAAAGCAAACAAAAGGAUGAACUGAGUGAGAUAAGAAAGAGAAAUAGAUCAGAUCAAGAAAAGAAAGAGAAUCAAAAUAACACUGACAGGACAGGAGAGGAUCAAGUGGCAGCGUAUUCUGACAGACCUCAGCUUUACUAUGACGAGGAAAGGACAGUAGAUAUGCAGAAGAAACACACUAAACAAAAAGUCCAUACUAGUCAUGAUACACAAAACAAACUUGAUUUGAAGAAAACCAGAAAAAAUAAAAAUUAUAAGAUGGCAGCAACAUUGACAGGAAACCAGGAGGCUGAUAGAGACGAAGAAACAAGACAAGAAAACUUUCAGAGUUACAGAAAUAAAGGGUCAAAGGGCACUGAAGCCAGGAUACAAGGUUCAAACCAGGCUGCAUUUGAGCGCAAAACCAUAGAAGUGGAUAUCAGGGAGUUUUCUCCUGGUGGUAAAGGUAAAACUAAAUUAAUGGUAAAAACAAUUACUGAGGAAAUCAAAGUUGUUAACAGCAGCAGUAACAGAAAAACAAUAAGCAAUGAAGGAAAUGUUGACUGUGACUUGGAGGAUGGUGAUUUUUUUUCUGCAAAAGAAGAGACGACAUUCCUCUCUGGACCUCUUUUACGUGAACAACAAAAUCCCACAUCGGAGGAAAUCACCAGAGGAGCAAAACAAGACGAAUACAGGCUGAACAUUUCCCCUGCGACUGAACUUUAUGCACAACAUCCAAAGCAUAUGAAGAAGAAAAGUUCAGAUGAGUUCGCCUGUAUGCUCAUGUGAGCACAAAUAAUGGAAGCAAUGAAGAAGAGUGCCAUGUCUGCUUCUGUCUCCAGAGAAAUCUCGAAAAUCUCAAAUUUAAUUCAAUUAAUAACCAAUUUAAUUAAUGCCAAAGGGAAAUUAAAUGUUGUUAAUUCAUAU